AUGGUGAACAAUGAUUCCCGCCGAGCGGCUAGUAAUGAAUACAACCUCACUCGAGAUUAUUUCUCUUACGAAAUCUCAAAGGGAGAUCUCGACUGGCGCUCUUCUCAGGUCGAUAGUGUCUUAUCAUCUUUCGAGGAAGCCAAGAAGGUCAUGUCAGCACAAGCCAUCCAUGAGAUCCAUAAGUAUCUCAAAGCAGGCAGAUGGAUCAACGAUGCCCCCUCUGCCAGUAGACACCCUGCAUACAAGCAUAUAAAAGGACAGUCAAGUGGCCCUAAAAGAGGGGUGCGUCUGCUCUACUAUCCUUAUUUCUUCGUCUUACAUGCAAUCUUUCCACCGUCCGAGUCUCUCAGAAUUGUCUGUGAGGAAUUCGGCCGUCACUGGGAUCUUCAAGUUGACGUCCAGGAACCUUUUUACCCCCGUCUGAAAGACACCGAGAGGGAGAUGGAACUCAUCAUGGGGAAGAAUCCACGUCCUCGGGGACAAGUCGGGCGCUCUUCACGGAGCCAGUUUUCCACCGCACUCUUCACUCUAACUCAUGACGGUGACUCGGAGACGGAAGAUCAGAAGGGCAGCAUUCAAGUGGCCACCGACACCGCUCAUAUCUCCCAGCCAGUACCUGCCAGUGCCCCCGAUACCCUUCGUAACUACGACGAACAACUAGCCAGUAUCCGAAGCGACUUUGAGCAACGCCUUGCCGAGUUCCAAGCUCAGAUGCAGCAAGACGCUAUUAAACCCUAG